UCAGAAGUUAGCAUACUUUUGUAAGAAAUACUCUGACCCCGAAAGAGUGAAUUAUGUUCCAAAGUUGAAAGAAGCCGGUAUAUAUCAAAAUAUCGAAGAAGCGAUGCAGCCACUUUUCGCUAAAGCUGAAAGUUUGCUGUACGGUCUGAAUAAUAAUGCUGUUGAAAGCUUUAAUAAUAUCAUUGCCAAAUUUAUCGGAGGUAAAAGAAUAAAUUUUGGACGGAGAGGCUCGUAUCAGGGCAGAGUCAACGCUGCUGUCGUCCAAUUCAACACGAAAGAGACGUACAGCAAAUUGAGUAUGGCAAUGGACAAAGAACCGACAACCAUCGUAAGGAAAAUGGAAGAAUGUCGGAAACGUACAGCAGAUAUGGCAAAGAAAUAUAAAAAAGAAGCCAAAAUAUCCCACUUAAAAAAUAAGCAACAAUCUUGCGACCAGGAUUACGGCCCCAACGCAGACAAACCCGAUAUGGAAGAUACUGUAUAUUCUGUCGAGUAUAAAAGGCACAUGGAUAUACUCCAUGAGUGGCAAACGAUACGGCACACGAUAGAAGCAGAAACUCGCGAUCAAGCGGAAAGCGCAUCCAAUUUCGGCAAGAUAUGCCGAUUACGAAAAGAUACACCGCGAGCAAAUAUUUUGAAAAGUAUAAUGUAUCCGAAAAUACCGAAUCUACGUUGCCUACAAUACGGAAGGGAGAACGGGGCAAACGCCUUGAGACAACUGGAAGACGAAUUAGGAAUUCAUAUUCGACCAUGUGGCCUCUUCAUCGAUGCCGUUGUGCCUUAUUUAAGUGCAACUCCUGAUGGCAUCGUAGACGAUGAUACCAUCGUCGAAGUAAAGUGCCCGGAAUCGGCCAAGGAUUUAUCGCCUGCUGAAGCAAUACAGCAGUUACCUGCGAUACGGCGUAUCUUUCGAGGUGAUGAGCUCAAUACAAAUCACCAUUAUUAUUAUCAAGUGCAAGGACAGCUGCACAUAACAUAUAGACAAUAUUGUCUAUUUAGUUUAUGGACGCCGAAAGGAGUAAAAAUUAUAAAAGUAUCAAGAAAUGAUCAAUUCUGGGCAACACAGAUGGAGGAAAAACUCAAGAAGUUUUAUGAGGAUUCCAUGUUGCCAGAGAUCGUAGAUAGCAGAUUUAAUCGACACCAGCCGAUUAGAGAACCUCCGUAUGUAAAAACAGGAGGAGCAUCUACGAGUACCAAAUGAAAAUCUAUAUAAAAAUGUACAUAUGCAUCGGCGUGUGCAUCAGCGAAUCCAAAAGCUGUAUAAAAUAAUGUACAUAUGCACCGGCGUGUGCAUCAGCGAAUCCAUAAAGCUGUGAAAUAAGCAAUGUUCCAGACCGGUAAGUACGGAAAUAUGUAAAAUGUACAUAUGGAAAGUGAAGAGGACCGUCUAUGACGGAGGUGGUGGUGGGUCUCUUCAAACUUUCCUAUUAGUAAUUUUUAGUUGCAGCUAUUCUUUCAGUUCAAUGGAAAAUGACAUGUAUAAAAGUAAAUUUGCUUCAUUUAUUUCCACUGACUAGUAUCAAAGACGAAAACCAAGCUGUAUGAAGCAAGGAAAGAAAGCAAGUAUUCGAAAUGCUUGGAUACAGAUAAGUUCUAUGACCAGAAACUAUAAUCGAAAGGGGUCAGCGAUACUGCAACAAAAUAUUUAUCAGAGAUAGGAAACACUCGUAAUGGGUUCUUCAGGAUACAUGAAACCAGAGUGUACAGCAUGAUACUUCAAGACAUGUAUUUGUCGUCCGAUGGAAAUAAUUGUAUUAAUUGAAGUAAGGAAAGGAAGAAAGGAAAGAAAGUUCUACAACCAGUAACUGCAAUCGAAAGGGGUCAGUGCCGUUGCAACAAAAUAUUUCUCAGAAAUAGUCAACACUAAUAAUGGAGUCUUCAGAAAAUUGACUACUAUCAAUGGUGAAAAUCGUGCUCUAUCAGGAAAGGAAAGGAAGCAGGUUUUUGCAGUAUUCUAUGACAAUAAAGGAGUCAGUACCAUUGCAAUAUUUAGGAGAAAUAGGAAACUAAUAGUGGAUUCAUCAGGAAUUAUGAAACUAAGGUGUACAGCGUGAGAGUUCAAGAGAUCCGGUAUCGUCUCAACCUAAUUUUAUACAUUGUUUAUUGCAACUAUUAUAACGUAAACACAUUUCGGACAAUUAAAAUGUACAAUUAACUUUUUACGCUUGGACUAUCAACGUACUCCCCGUUUAAAUCACUUUAAAAUUACUACGCGGAGCAUUCAGAAUCACUCAAGGAAGAAGUAGACAAUAUAUGUUGUUGAGAACAAACUAUACUGUAUGGCAAUA